AUGAUUACUACGUCGUCACAACGAACUACAACGGUUUUUAAUAGCUAUACCACCGUGAUAGCAGUUGAUGACCUGACUAGUUUACAUACAGAUCUAAAUACUACCACCCCCACCACGUUGACAAUCCAAAGCACUGCAGUUAUAAUAACGACUUUAUUAUCUACCACGACUGCAAGCACACUAUCUCCUUCUUCCCCACUACCGCCUUUGGCAUCCCAAACUACAAUUGCUACAACUGGCACCAUCACCACUACAACAACUACUCUAACCACAAGCUCAGCAUCAGAAUGUGUCUCAACUAUAUGGAAUCCAUAUGGACAGACAGUUGCUGGUCAACAAAAUGGAGCCGGCGGCAGUUAUCUGAAUCAGUUAAGUUCCCCUUCCGACAUAUUUUUAGACAAUAAUGAUAACAGCGUUUAUGUGGCCGAUUACGAUAAUAACCGCAUAGUUAAAUGGUUAGCCAAUGCAUUUUCUGGUGAACUUCUUUUCAGUCAUUCUAUACUUCCAUUGGCUCUGUCUGUUGAUCGAUCAAAUCAAAACGUUUUUUAUUCGGACUCAACUACGAAUAGCAUUCAUAAAUGGGACAAGACUACAAACUUGACUUCAAUAGUCAUUCGUGACGGACAUUUUACUAAAUGUUAUGGUUUAUUUAUUAACGGUGAAUACUUAUAUGUGUCGGAUCGUGGUGGCCAACGAGUUUUACGUUAUACAAUGGAAAAUUUAACAUCUGCUCUGCCAACUGUAGUAGCAGGGAGCGGAGAACAAGGAGUUGAAGAUAAUGAGUUAAACUUCCCGGAAGGAAUUUUUGUAGAUAAGGAUGGAACUGUAUAUGUGGCGGAUAAGGAAAAUAACAGGAUCCAAAAAUGGACGAAAGGAGCAAUGACAGGAGUUACAGUUGCCGGUGGUCUACGUCCAGGACCAGGACUGAAGGAGUUAAGAAAGCCAACAUCCGUCGUUGUCGACCAACGAGGAAAUAUUUUUGUUGCAGAUGCGGGAAAUUCACGCAUAGUUCUAUGGGCUGAGAAUGCUUUAGAAGGAACACUCGUCGUUGGCAAUGGUCACGGUCCAGCACCAAAUCAGUUAAAAUAUCCAAAAGGAAUUUGGCUUGAUUCACAAAUGAAUUUGUAUGUCAGUGAUCGAGAUAAUCACCGUGUACAACGAUAUAACAAUGACAAAAGUGGGUGUUCCAGUGAGUUAUAUUUAGAUGUACCAUCGCCCUCAACAGCAGCUUGUGUUCGUUAUAUAUGCAAGAAUUUGAAAGAAGAGUAUGAACAAAGUAUUUAUGCAUUCAAUCGUUGUUUAAUGAACGAAAAUGCUCUAAAUGAUAAAGAUGUUAAACAAUAUCAGACGAGUAUAGAUCAUGCUGAGCAUUCUGCAAAUCUAAGAACUGUACAUUUAGGCAACGAGGUUGUUCAUAGUAGUGCAUUUAUUCAAAAUUUAAAGGAUCAACUUGAAACUAUGUUUUCAAAUCUAGAAAGUAAAAGCAUAGAUGAUUUAUCAGUGAAAGUUAGUUUAGAUAAAAUAAAGCUUCUUUCAAACUCAUUUACAGAUAUUGAUUCUAAAUAUAAAAAAGCUUGUGAAUUAUUGGCAAAAAAAUUCGACGAUUUAGUUGAUUCAUUUCGACACUCGGUAUCGAAUCAUGAGUUUAACAAAUGUGCUGAAGAAAUAACAAAAUUAUCUCAAGCUCUAUCCAUUCUAGGAGAUCAUUUAAAGUGUACAGAUAUGGAGACAAAAUAUUCACUGUUGACAAAAUUUUUCCUUGACUAUUUAAGUAAUUCUGCUGAAAAACUAAAUCCUGUUUUUAAAAAAGAGAAAUUAGAAGACAAUGAUAUAACAAACUUAAAUAGCUGUGCAUGUAUGCUAGAAUCAGCUAAAAGUACAUAUACACUUCAACACAUAUUCCUAUAA